AUGCCAAAACCGUUUCGCGUCGUCAUCGUGGGCGCCGGCCCAGCCGGCCUAGCCGCCGCCCUCGCACUCAUCAAGCAGCCUCCCGUGCCAUCGUCGCCCUUGCACCUGACCGUGCUCGAGGUCCGCGACCGAGUCCAAACCCUCGGCGGCGCCGUCAACCUCACCCCCCUGGCCCUCCGGUACCUGGACUGGCUCGGCGCGGGGGCCGGGCUCCGACGCCGGGCCGCGGCCGUCUCGGCCAUUGAGGUCGUUGCCCACAGGACGGGCGCCCUGCUGGGCCGCCUGUGGCCGGGCGUCGACGCCGUCAGGGCGCAGAGACGCGUCGUCGUCGAGGCCCUCCGGGAUGCCGUCCACGAGGCGUCCGGGCCCGAGGGGGUCGACGUCGUCUACGGCGCCAGGAUCAGCGCCAUGCGCGAGUUCGGCACCCCCGACUGCGGCGGCCUGGUGGUCACCUACGUCGUCGGCGGCGGGGGCUCCUCGCCCGGCCGGCACGUCCUCGAGGCCGACGUGGUCGUGGGCUGCGACGGCAUCCACUCGCAGGUGCGGGCUGCGCUCGUCGAGCCCGGCCGCGGCGAGACGUAUUCCGGGAAGUGCAGCACCUACGGCUACGCGGACCUCCGGGGCGAGAGGGCCGCCUGCGCGUCUGGGUCUGAGCUGGCCGGGUCGUGGGUCCGCGCCGACGGGUCGCCGCUCGUCACGGACACGACUGUCGUGGCAAAGGGCGGCGAGGCGCUCCUGGCGACGUACUUCGAGCCCUCCCGCGAGAAGCUGUACCUUGCGGUGGUGAACGCCGUGCCCGAAAGGGAAGACGCGAGGGAGGGCUGGUCCGUCCACGGCGCGGACAAGGAGGGCAUCAGGAGGAGCAUUCGGGAGAUGUUUGAGGGCGGCGCGCUCAAGUGUCUCGGGGAGAUUGUCGACCUGUGCGAGGAGUGGUUCUUCUUCCCCGUGUACAUGCUUCCGCCGGAGGGGCGGUGGUGCAGCGGGAGGGCCAUUCUUAUUGGGGAUGCUGCCCAUGCUAUGCCGCCCCAGGGCGAAGGGACAGGCGUCGCCAUCGAGGACGGCGUCCUCUUGGCGUGCGUGCUGAGUCGGCGGGCAACAAGAGACAUUCCCACAAUGUUCAGGGAUUACGAGACGCUCAGAUGA